AUGGACGCAGCCGCUGUCGAUUGCGUCACGCUUCCAGAAGCCGAAGCUCUCAGCAAGAGUCGCAAGUUCAAAUACAUCAGCCAGCGUUCCUCAAAUGACCUUGCCCCAGAAGUGCACGCCACUGACGGCGAGGAUGCUCUGAGAGGGAAGCUGAUGUUGAUGUUGAUGAGGUUUCUCCUGCCAAAGGCUGCUUUGGCCCAAGGCUAUCUUGACGCCACUUUCAGAUCUCCUGCCCUGGACCCUUGGCGCAGUACUAUCACAUUGAAGUCGUCUCAUAACUGCACUAUCUUGAUCAAAGCCCCCCCAUGGACCCCAUCACAUACGGAGUACUCACGUCCGCUUAAGACGGCCCGACAGUUCGUCCUUGCUCGGACCCUAGAUCAUUGA